CCCACACAGCACCUCAGACCAGCACUGCUGUGCCUUGUCCGACACACGUGUACACCCACACACGAUGGUACGGGGAACUACGGCAGUCCUGUGCACCACUCUCUCGGUGGUGAGAGCCGCCGCAGCAGCCAUUGGAGCAAAUGACGCCCCGUCUCCGCCUGUCUGGCCCGGGAGGUUCCACGCGAUGAUGUCGCAAGUCAUAAACGGCGACUAUGGCGUCGUCGACUUGUGGUACGACUAUGCCGCGGGGCGCAACCUAAACAUCAUCCAGACCCAGAGCGGCGAGGAAGACGGACCCUUGUUCGACAACGAGCGCGCCAACGGGACAACCUACUAUUACCAUCCAGCCAAGGCCAAGUCCAAGUACUGCAACGUGAUCGACUUCGGGGUGGGAAUCAUCAGACCUGAUUGGCUGGAAGGCGCCACCUACCUUGGGGAGGAGGAGUGCGGCAUCUACCAGUGCCACAAGUGGGAGCAGGGCGAGAUCCCGGAAGCUCACGCUAGGUUUCUAGGCCUGCGCACCCUCGACGAAGACGCCCCCUCCUCCAAAGCAGCCGUCGCGGACAUGGCUCAAGAAAGUUCCAGGAAUAUUCCCGGCCAAAUGCAGUCGUUCUUGUCUGCCGUUGCGGAAGGAGCGGGGGUGGUGGGGCAAGGGGUAUCACGCGAAGAAGGAAGGGUGUUGUUGAGGGGGGGUGACGCACAGUCUGGGGGUUCAAGGGGGGGGGAAGGCGACCGAUUCAUCACCUACUGGAGCGAGAAGGGCACCGACCGACCCGUGAAGUGGCUGUUCUUCAACGACGCGCUCUUCCAGGCAAGUGGUUGUCCGGUUUGAUGAAGGGGCUACCAUGCCCGACCACGCGUUCAAGAUCCCUGACUACUGCUUCGAGGAGGACUAACACGAGUGAAAAUGCACGGUAUAUGCCACAAAGCAUACUCCACAACGUAUACCUCAAGGCCCGCGAUGGCUGCAAUGAAAGGGUUUCCGGCCGCGGAUAAGGCGAUUCGGAUCUAAUGAGAGGGUCAAUAAACGGCCCCGUUCCUCUACCUCAUUUUUUAACAGGACUCGUCAAGAGGAAGAGAACACGGCGGGCGUUCUUGCAUGUACACUAAGAUUGUUGAAAAACGGAGGAAAACAAACAUGAGCUCCAACCUUUGUACACCGCAGAUUGGCGUUGGUGGGAGAACAUCCGUGUAAAAGCAUCAGGAGGAGAAGAGUGCCUGGGGUGAAUGCAGCUAAGAAAUCGGAUUUGGGCAGGGUUGAUGGAGACCUAUGCUGUGUGGGAGCAUAAAGCUCUCGUGGAGUGUACAAUCAUGGGACCAAGUCCAAUGAUAACUGCCUCUGGUGAGCACGACUGUAUGCCAUGUCCCUGACCAAGGAUUUCAUGAAUGAAGGUCGUGGGGGGGGGGCGUACUCU